AGUAUAUAACCACAAUAGGUGAAUCAUCUCAAUUGACAUUUUAUGUGAGAUUUGAGAUUCUCGCUGUGGCAAGUAGGAAGAUGAAUGUCUUCUGUGUUGCUGUAUGUGUGAUGAGCCUUGAUGAUGGAGGCAGCAAGAACCUCUGAAAUGUCCAUAAACUUCUACUAGAGUACACAGCACAGCAACCCAUUUUAUUGUGUCGGUAGUUGUGAAUAAUGAAUGCCAUAAAAUGAAAUUUAUUUUAUUAGUCAUGGAAACACCAGACAAAAUCACAUUCAUCCAUUGUAGGACUACAUAUAGUUAAUUUGGCAUGUAGUUUCUUCAUCAGUAAUGUCUGAAUCAGCUACAUAUCACACUAUAAGCAGCUGUUCUUAAGAUUGUCUCAAGGAGGUUAUGAUGGGUUGGACAUACAGCUCACAUAAAAACAAUUGUACAACCUCAACAUCUGUCAGUGAUGUUUAGACACAUAAGUAGACUUAUCUUUCGAGGCUUGCAGCAGAAAAAUCGAGGAUCGCAGUGUUGCAGAUUUGCUACAGUCUCAGAGAUGGCCAAGUUGCAAGUUCAGGAGGUGCAGAUACCGGUGCCAUGGGGACAUGUAGCAGGCAAGUGGUGGGGUGACUGCAGUGUGCAGCCAUUGCUGGGACUGCAUGGCUGGGAAGACAAUGCCAACACGUUUGACACUUUGGCCCCAUUGCUGAGUGUACCAAGCUUCUUGGCUGUUGACUUGAUGGGACAUGGCCUGUCAUCUUUCUUCCCUGCAAUUGGUGCACACCAUUUCAUUGAUGCUGUUAUCUUGCUUAGGCGCAUUGUAGACCACUUCAAGUGGACAAAGUUUUCUGUCGUAGGCCAUUCCUAUGGGAGCACUGUGGCAUUUGUUUACUCGGCACUGUAUCCAGAUGAUGUGGAUGCGUACGUCAGUAUAGACUGUGCGCGUUCCCUGAUGCUGGUUCAGGAGGAGAAUCUGCUGGACAACAUUAGGAAUUGUCUUGACAGAACACUCGCGAUAGAGAAGAGGCUAGCGUCUGACCCCCCAAAAUACACGUACGAGGAGCUGCUCGAGUUGGUGUACGCGGGCAGCAGGAAGUCUCCGACAAGGGAUUCUUGUGGCGUAUUGCUUCAGAGGGGAAUUAAAGAGUCUUCUCAGGGAGAGAGAAUGUAUUUCCUGUCCCGUGAUCCCAGGUUGAAGCCCUGGAUCGGUGCGUUGACUGAAGACUUCAUUCUGGCGUGUGCACCCAGGAUAAAGUGCAGGGUGCUGAACAUCAGGGGUAGUGUGGGUUUUCUGCAUGGUGACAAGCGUGAGGAAGUGUACCUGCGCACGCUGGAUCUGAUGCAGCGGAGCGAGUUUUAUGACGUGGACGGGAGCCACCACCUUCACCUCAACAACCCUGAAAAUGUGGCACCUCUGAUUAAUAAGUUCUUGAGAGGGAGUAAUCUGUGAGGAGGUAAGCGUAGUGUAACAUUAGUGGCGUUAGUGCUGGGAUCAGCGAGAACUCUUGCAAGAGACGCCUCUGCGUCGAGAGACGAGAAGAACACCGCCUUGGGAGUCGAGCCAUUUAUUAACACAGAGAAGCAGUGUACAAGCGUCAAAUGUUGGCAGUCCUGGCAGGGAAUGGGCUGCAGGUCCGAAUAGUCCGAGUCAUCUUUGGGAAUCCGUAAUCUUCCGUUCACUGACUGAAUGUGUUCGCAUCAGUUAUUAUUCUUUUGUCAUAUUUUUAAUUUACUUUCUCUGUAAUAAAGAAGAAGAAGAAUUGCU